CACACACAGUGAAAACCACCACUUUCACGCAGUAGUAGUAAUAAAAUCCAGAUAAUCCACGCCUAACCGUUUAAAGAUCGCUUUUUUCCCUUUUUCAUUUUCGAGAUUUCGACCUUUGUCCGUUGCCAAGAUUGAAUCUUUAUGGCUUUCCUGAGGCAACGGCUAACCCCUUUUCUUGAAUAGAAGCAAAUCCCUUUUGUGGUAAUUCCCAUUUGCCGUUAAAAUGGCUAGCGCAACUGGGAAGCAGAAAGAGCCGUCCGAGUUGGCGAGUGAUGACUCAGUGAGUGGCCCGACUGGGAGCAGCAGCUCUGAGAGUAGAUCGAGUUCUGACAAUUCUUGCUCAGCUCAAUUGGGUUGGCCGAUCAAGAAAGCCCCUAAUCAGUCAAUCAAAAACCCCCAAUUGAAUGCUGAGUGUUGUGACAGUGAGAAUGUGCUGACGAAGGAGACCUCAAGUCUUUCAGAAAUGGAGAUGAUGAAAGAGCGGUUUGGGAAGUUAUUGCUGGGUGAGGACAUGUCAGGAGGUGGAAAGGGAGUGUGCCCAGCGUUGGCGAUUUCGAAUGCAAUUACAAAUUUGUGUGCUACUGUGUUUGGGCAGCUGUGGAGAUUGGAGCCAUUGCAGUUGGAGAAGAAAACAAUGUGGAGGAGAGAAAUGGAAUGGCUUCUCUGUGUUAGUGAUUACAUUGUGGAGUUGAAACCUUCUUGGCAAACUUUUCCUGAUGGAACCAGGCUUGAGGUUAUGUCGUCUCGGCCAAGAUUGGAUCUUGUUAUCAAUCUCCCGGCUCUUCAGAAACUCGACAACAUGUUGCUGGAGAUACUAGAAGGGUUCACGGAGACUGAGUUCUGGUACGUUGAUCAAGGCGUGGUAGCUCCGGAGAGUGAUGAUGGAUCAGCCUCCUUCCGGGAAGCUACUCAACGACAAGAGGGCAAAUGGUGGCUGCCUGUGCCCCGUGUCCCUCCUGGCGGUCUACCUGAGGCCUCGAAGAAGCAGCUGAUCAAUAAACGCGAUUUUGCAAGCCAGAUACUCAAGGCUGCUAUGGCAAUCAACAGCAUUGCUUUGGCUGAGAUGGAUGUUCCUGAGUCAUACUUGGAAACACUCCCAAAGAACGGGAGAGCAUGCCUUGGGGAUGUCAUCUACCGCUACAUAACAUCAUGUCACUUCUCCUCCGAGUGCUUGCUUGAUUGCCUUGACUUGUCAACGGAGCUUGUUGCUCUGGAGAUAGCAAACCGGGUGGAGGCAGCAAUCUACGUGUGGCGGAGAAGGCAGCAUCCAAGGCCACAAACUCAUCCAAACCGUUCGACCAACAAGUCAUCUUGGGAGAUCGUUAAGGAUCUCAUGAUGGAUGGGGACAAGAGGGAGCAGCUCCUCGCUGAACGAGCUGAAACCCUCUUGCAAUGCUUGAAGCAGCGAUUCCCGGGUUUAACACAAACCACACUGGAUAGCACCAAGAUACAAUGCAACAAGGAUGUCGGGAAGGCCAUCUUGGAGAGCUACUCGCGCGUGUUGGAGAGCCUCGCAUUCAACAUUGUAGCGCGGAUAGAGGAUCUACUCUACGUUGACAACAUAAACAAGCAGUCUGAGAAACUUUCAACAAUGAGUGUGGUUUCUCAGAAGAAGCUGUCGAUGCCAUUCAGUGUGCCCGUCUCAGGCACUCCCUACCGGUCAGCAUAUAGCACGCCUAGCUUCUCCCCAGCUCCGCUGAUCAGCCCUGCAAGAGGGGAGAGGACACCGUUCAUCGGGGUCAACUGCAACAAGCCUCCACGACGUGGCUUAGGUGUUAGACGAGUCCUAACAAACUAUCUUGGGGGAGAGUCUAAAGUGAAGAACUGCAGCAAUGUACGACAAGGCCUUGGUUCUGUAUCCAACAGAAUCGCUGAAGGCACAACUUCAUCGGUGUCCCGUCUGAGCAUUGAAGGGAAGGAAACCGAGUCUUCGAUGGAUCGGUGAAAUGUUUGGCUUAGACAGGAAUAGAGAAGAUGUGUGUAGCUUCUUUUAGAGCAAGCAUAGGAUGUGUAUCCACUCUCUAAUAUUUGUUCAUUGAUUUAUUUGUCAAUCCAUGGUUGUGUUAUAUAACUCUUGAUUGUUUUGUA